UGUCGUCUGUCGGCAUAGGAAUUUGAGAAAUUUGGACCUUACGUCUAUUCUUUUCAUUCAACGAUUUAUUUUCGCACGAAGAUAACGGGAUCUUUCUAUUCCAAGUUAAAAGAUAGUUUCCUUGAGUUAUCGUCAGUUAUCGUCGAGAGAAUAAAGAAAUCACAAUGGUUUUAACGAAAGAAUAUCGAAUAUGUAUGCCGCUUACUACCGAGGAGUACCGUAUAGGUCAAUUAUAUAUGAUUGCACGACAUAGUCAUGAACAGUCAGAUUCUGACGAAGGUGUUGAAGUUGUUGAAAAUUCUGCCUGCGAAGAUCCAGUGCAUGGCAAGGGUCAGUUUACUGAGAAGAGGAUCCAUCUUUCCAGUAAAUUACCAUACUGGAUACAGUCAGUUAUACCAAGGAUAUUUUAUGUGACUGAAAAAGCCUGGAAUUACUACCCUUUUACAAUUACAGAAUAUACAUGUUCCUUCAUACCAAAAUUUAACAUCUCCAUCAAAACCCGUUAUGAAGACAAUAAUGGAUGUACAGAGAAUUGUUUAGGUCUCUCUCCAGUAGAACUAGCACAACGAGAGGUAGAUUUUGUAGACAUUGCCUAUGAUGAAUUAUCUGCAAAGCACUACAAGGAAGAAGAGGAUCCAAAAUUCUUUCAAUCAAAGAAAACUGGUCGUGGUCCCCUGGUAGAAGGCUGGCGUGAAGUAACUCAACCCAUAAUGUGCUCCUACAAACUAGUAAACGCAUCUUUUGAAGUUUGGGGCAUGCAGACUCGAGUGGAAGACUUUAUUCAUCGGUGUAUCCGAGAUGUUCUCUUGCUGGGACACCGACAAGCCUUCGCCUGGAUCGACGAAUGGUGCGAAAUGACCCUUGAAGACGUAAGACGGUAUGAGUUAAAGAUGCAAGAAGAAACAAACCAGAAGGUCCAACCAAAGACUUUGGAUGAAACUGGUCCGGCAAGAUCUAGGACUCCUGUAACUCCAAACGAGUCAACUCCAUCUUCACCAAGUCCGAAGACCCCGACUUCUGCGCGAUCUUGGUUCUCUUGGUCGUAGCCAAUAGUUAACUGCCUCACUUGUUCCAGCCGACGACUUUGGAUCCUUUUAAUUCCAGCCAGGACUAUUUUCGAACGCUACUGUCGACGGUGCAUCGUGUAUGUCCCGUAUUUGAAAAUAAUAGUUCAAAGUAUGGUUGGUUUUGGCUCCUCGGCGAUAAUGUAAAUAAUUUCGUGCCCGAUGACUUUACGCAAUCCUCGUGAACCGUUUUGCAGACGACAGUUUUGGAAUAUUCCUACGAUAUUUGUUGUUUUUAUUUCUUUUUCUUACCUUACGUUCUUUAAUUUUUUUUUUAGUAACAUAUUCGCAUUUUUUCGUUGCGAAUACCCAAUCAAUGGGCCAGUCUCGUAUUGUUGAUCGUGUAAAGUAUUUAUUAAAAAAAAUAGUUGUUGGUUUCUAAUAUGUAUGUUUUCAAUAGUGCUUUACGACGAACGUGUAUAUAAUUUAAUAGUUACACGCGAUUUGUGCUAUUCCACCAUAUUCAGUUUUUACAUAAAAAUAAAUAUAAUUAAUUAUUUUAAUAAUGAUCAAAGCACUGCAUGAAUAUAAUAACUAGUAUCAAUAUAAUUAUUUGAGGUUUUUUCCUAUUAACUGAAAGUAUAAUCGAACUACGUAAUAUUACGGUGAAAUUGAAUACAAUUAAAUAGUAAAAGAGUUAUCACGCAAAUACUAAAGGAUAAUUUGAUGAUACUCAAUUUCACAAAUCUUAAUACACGAAAACUUCGUAAUAUUUCAUGUGUAUUGCUCAGUACUGUACAAUAGGAUGAUGUGUUUGACAUAUGCAAAGUAACAUCACAAUUAUCCCACAGUGUUUGCUUGGAAAUUAUGUCAAUCAAUAGUACACUCUUUACGUUAAAUUGUCAGUUAACCAAUUGAGUCCAUUGACAGAGGUAAUACCUUUUUCUAAAAUGAAGAUAAGAAAUUGAUUUAGUUUCCAAAGAUCAAGGAACCCCAUGCAGGCAAUAUACGAAUGAGUUCUAAGAAAAAUCUAAAUUAUUAUUAAGAGUGGAAAUAUAGUGAAAAUAGUUCACAUACAAAGCCGUAUCUAACGUGUCAUAUAGAAAACGACCAACCGAAUAUUAAAACAAAAUACUCGAGAAAGAUUUUAAUUGAUUGUUGUUCCAGCAACAAUACCGAGUAUUCUUUACUUCGUAGUUGCCACGCAUUCUAUUGUUGCCGAGUAGUUUCGCACGCUAAAUUGUUGUCAUGUGCCACAUACCUAAUUAUAAAUAUUUACGAACAAACAUCGCUGCGUACCUGGGUUUUAUUACAAAGUGUAUCGAGCCUAGUGUAAAUGUUAAAUAAAUCAAAUUGCAAUGUAA